AUGCAAAUGUUGGACAAAUUUCCAAUGGAAGGAGGACAAAAGGACCCUAAACAAAGGAUAAUUCCCUUUUUGCCAGGCAAAAUUCUCUUCCGACGAAGUCAUAUCCGUGAUGUUGCUAUUAAGCGCCUUAUACCCAUUGAUGAGUAUUGUAAGGCUCUGAUCCAGCUGCCACCAUACAUUUCUCAGUGUGAUGAGGUUCUUCAGUUUUUUGAGACAAGGCCAGAGGACCUAAAUCCUCCUAAAGAUGAACCAAUUGGAAAGAAGAGAUCUGCUGGAGAUUUGUCAUCUGCUGAUCCCAUGGUCCUGGAACAAUAUGUGGUGGUGGCUGAUUAUCAGAAGCAAGAGAGCUCUGAAAUUAGUUUGUGUGCUGGCCAAGUUGUGGACAUAAUUGAGAAGAAUGAAUCUG